AUGACUGGUAGUAUGAGCUCAUCAACUAGCAACACAAGUUCUUUGAUAUCAUUCACAUCAACGACUACACCUGCAAGUGCGUCUUGUGUAUUAGUAUGCAAUACUAAUGCAACCACAUCUACGCCGUUGAUAGCCAUAUCAUCAGCAGCGGAGACCAAUCAGCGAAAUUCAGAUGAUUUUUCGUUAAAACUUGGCUUAGGUUUAGGUUUAGGUCUGGGAUUUUUAUUGUUUGCAUUAGUAGCAUGUGCUUUGUGUUGUUGUCAUUCUUGUUGCUGCUGUAAUACAGCGGUGAUGGAUGCAGGAGAAGCUGAAGAACAAGUGGAAGAUGUUGAGCCUGUAUUGGUGGUCAAGAAACCUUUUUUAGUUGGAAUAAAAGAACUUGUUCGCCCAAGAUUGCAUAGUAAAUAUGUUCAACGUGUCUGGUAA